AUGGAAUCUAAGGGGGAUCAAGAUUCCAACGAUAUGGAUACCACAUUACUUAAUUUCAAUAGAUCUAUAUCACAAAUUAAUUCAAAUGACCAACAAAAUACAUCAUUCGUCAUUGACUCGCAUGGUGAUGUAGAAUCAGAGUCAGAUGUUGAUGCAGAUGAUGAUUCAAAUGGUUUGGAUGAAGAUUCAGAUGGUUCAGAAUUUUUACCUGAAGAUGAUGAUAUUAAAACUAAGGAUUGGUAUCUAGCACAUUACUCAUCAAAAUUAUUAAAAUCAAUUAUGCAAUCAUAUAUGAUGUUGGAUGGCGAUUACCAAGAUGGAUUCGCUCACUUCAGAAUGAAUUAUCCUGAAGAAGCUAAAGACAAAUCAGUUGAAGAAAUCGAUAAAUGUUUUGAAUGUUUGAUUGAUAGUUUGAGAACUACCACUUAUGACGAAAGUACUGUGGAUAUAAUUGGUGAAAUGUUAAAGGAAAGUAAUGAUGAAAGGUUGCUAGAAGAUAUUGAAAAGAUACUUGAAAGAGUGCCUAGACUAUUAGAAAUUGAAAUUAUUUAUAUUUAUUAUUCAAAUUUUGGGUCAAAUAAUAAAUCCGGUACUGCUUAUUCGAUGGCAGAAAAGGAAAUGUUGAUGAAUGUUACCUUGAAUAGAAGUGGAUUUUUGGUAGAUGCAAUUAAUGAGCUUCAAAAUCAAGGUUACUUUAAAACUAAAACAUCAGGUAGUGUCACUUCUAUAUAUGGCAAAUUAUUGAGAUCUUUAGAAGCUAAAACAUUUUCCAACAAUGAAAUAGAAUUUGUCAAAAAAUUGUUGACUAAUGUCCCAACAAAUCAGGUGUUGGAAAUGGUUAGAAAGUGCAACCCUCCAGUUACUUUAAAUACCCUAGAUAUACUUUACAUUUACCAUAUUGAAAUACAGGAAAAUUCGCUUCCCCAAUCUUUUUGGAACGUUCGAGACAAGGCUAUAGUCCUACAUCACUUAUUGAAAAGAAAAGGGUCUGUUGAUGAGGCCACAGAUGACAUGAAAAAAAAUGUUCUUCAAGGUCGAACAAAUUCUGCAGUUCAACAUAUUUAUUCAACACUACUUGGAAUUUACGGUAAAAAACAUUACACUGAUGACCAAAUCAAAUUGGUGGAAACAAUUUUAAAACAUUCAAAUGAAAAUACUUUAUUACAAGAUAUUAAAUCGAAUAGUGAUAAAUUCUCCGAGUUAACUUUGGUGGAUGUUGUAUAUGUUUAUUAUUUUAAAGUUAAAAAAGUGUCGUUCAACAAAUCAGAAUAUUCUGAGUUUGAAAAAGUUCUAAUACUUAAUCAAAUACUUCAAAGAAAGAAAGAAAUAGCAAAAGUUGUUGCAGAACUACUCAAAACUCAUUUAUUUGGGAGAACACCAACAGGUAUUUGUGGAACAUACCAUCACAUUAUUGCUGAACUAGGAAAGAAGAAAUAUACUACAGAACAAAUAAAAUCAGUAGAAGCAACUUUUCAAGAUGCAACCCCAAGCACCAUUCUCGACUAUCUCAUAAAUGAAAGACGUCCUUUUCAUUCAUCAUUAAAUUCAAUUGACGUCGUCUACAUCUAUUACGUAAAAAUUUUAAAAGUAUCAGGCUAUAAAUCUGCUUAUUCAAAGGAAGAGAAAGAAGUAAUGAUGUCUCGUAUUUUAGGAAGAAAUUACUCCACUCUGGUCAUGGAAGUAAUCACAGACUUGAUCCAAAAUGACUUCUGGGGCCGAACAGAUCUGGGACUUGCAUCAACUUAUAACAACAUGAAUCUAGAAUUCAAAAAGAAGGAAUACAACAAAGAGCAAAUUGAAUUGGUUGAUUCACUAUUUAGAAACGUAUCUAAUUCAGAUUUAUUACGAAAUGUUAGAGCAAAUAUGAACCAGUUGUCAUCAUUAAGUGUUUUAGAUGUAUUAUAUAUACAUUACGUGAAGCUUGUUAAAUUAGAAGAAAGAGAAGAGUUUGUACUUCAAAAAAUAUUGAGUCGAGAUGGUAGUAUCGAUGAUGAGGUUUUAAAAUUACGUCAAAAUUACUUUUAUGAAUGGGACAAGUCAUUUGUACACACAAUUUAUAAUAAUGCUAUUGCUAAAUGUGAAAACAAAAAUUACACUGAAGAAGAUAAAAAGAAGGUAAAUCAUUUAUUAAGAGACACGGAUGACGAAUCAAUUUUAUUGAAUAUAAAAUCAAACAUAAACCAAAUUUCUAAUUUAAACACUUUAGAAAUUUUGUACAUCCAUUAUGCCAUUAACCAGGCUGUAUUAACUCAAGAGCAUCUUAAUUCGGCCGACAUAAAUUUCAUUUUGUUUGAAGUUUUCAAUAGUUCCAAAACAUUGAAAGAUAAAAUUGCUGAUUUAAAAAAAAAAUAUUAUAAUCAUAAAACAGAAUCAAGUCUCAAAAAAUCAUAUGACAAAACAAUAUACCAAUUGAAUAGGAAGACGUACAAAGAUGAAGAAGUAGCUUUUGUCACAACCACAUUUGGGAACACAAAGACCCAAAACCUUAUGCAUGAAAUGGACUCAGCUGCUUUACCUGAAGGUUUAAAUGCUUUAGAUGUAAUAUUUCUUUAUUUUAAAAAGGUGACAAAAACAAAGGCUACAGUAGAAGAAAGAUUUUCUGAAGAAGAAAAGUUAGCAAUAUUACAUCAUUUGAUUGGGAAAAAAGGUUUGACAAAUAAAAGUGGAUUGGCUAAGGCUGUCUCACAAAUUAAAAAAAAUUUUCCAAUUGAUGCAAAAGAUUACACUGUAUUUACUUUGUUUCAGAAGAUUAAUGAGAAAUUGAGUUCAAUUAAAUACACUGAUCAACAGGUAAAAUGGAUCAAAUCUAAUUUUAAAAACACCAAGUUUGAUGAUUUAUUGAAAGAAAUCAAUGAAAAAGUCGAGCAAUCACCUAAUUUGAGUAAGCUCGACAUAUGUUUCGUGUAUCAUACUGAAAUUAUAAAAUCGGUAACAAUCAAAAAAGAUAGAAAAAAGGCAAACUUGACUAAUGCUCCCAGUUUGGAACAAGAUAGAAAAGAGGUAAGCUUGAACAGUGAUCUGAGUUUGAGAAGAUCCCUUAGAUUCGCAAAUCAAUCAAAUGUGGUUCCGUUGACAAAUACUGAGGUUGUUGAAGAUAAUAUAAUUGGUGUUGAAAAUAAUUUAAUUAGUGUUGAAGAUAGUGAAAUUGAAGAAGAUAGUGAAAUUGAAAAAGAUAGUGAUUAUGAACCUGAAAGAACAAGUAGAAGAUUAAAGAAAAGAAAAAUUGCAAAUACAUAA